AUGCUGUCACAGAGGGCUGUCAAGAAUGGCGCAGAGCUCACAGAGAAAGCAAUGAGAAGAAAGAGCUACAUGUAGUGUCCAUGUCACUUACAUUUACAGCACUUGUCUUCAUGUAAAUGUAUUUGUAUUGUAAUACUGUGACCAACAAACCUCCUGUUUGUUGGUUCAUAUUUGGCUGCCCUCGGAGACGUGGUUCCAGGUGGAUGGUCUGGUCUGUCCCUAGGAGAGUGUCACCAUGACAAUGUGGUCCCAGAGGAGGGGUGUAUGGUUAAAGUAGGGGAAACAAAGUGCUAUGGUACAGGAAAUGAACAGGAAGGACACAUUCGGAUCAACUGAAUAGGUUACUCUGAUACUGUCAGGACUGGGGAGAUAAGAUAUGUAUAAUACCUGUGUCAGUAACAGUGUCUUGAGUGACGGACUGUUAACAUAAACGUUAACCAUGCAAGAUUGGUUCUGGGUUGUGAGAUUAGGUCAGCAAUGACACAUCUGUACAUUUGAACCCCACAGGAUCAUGGAUAAUAUACUUAUCUACAGCCAAGUGUUGGUGUGGAAAUGCCAUUCUGUGCAAGAGUAGUAGUGAAGACAUUUCAUCAUCGUUUUCUUAACCCUCUUGGUAGAGUUAUUGGAAUCUGUCAGGCAAUUACUAUCCAAUCUGACUGAAUAUUCUGUUAGGAUAGCAGAGAAAUUGGAACAGCAUCACAGAGAAACUGAUAAGUGAGAAAGAAAGACAGAGCUCCUAUUAGGUAUUGUCUACACUUGACACUUACAUGCGACUUCUGCUAUCAGAAUACAAAGAUCGCAUUGAAAAGACGGGUGUAGACGCACAAAAGUCACUCUGUGGUCUGAUUGCGUUCAGAUCUGGCUGACCACUUCAGGAGGUGGUCAGGGAUGCAUUGUGUGCAGAUUUCUCCUCAGUCUGGAAGCAAUCAUGCUACCGAAAGUGCAUAGAGUGGGCGACUUUAUCAGCACUCCUCCCACUAGUCUCCAGAAAACUUGUGUUUUGGGACCGAGAGGCACCUUUUCAUUAUAACGUUGGAGGAAAUACGUCCCUAGCGUGUGAGGAACGUGUUUGCUGGCCUCAUAAAUGCUAGCCCAAAUGUUGUUGUUUUUUAUGAGUUAUGCUGACCCGUUUGCAUUCCCUUUAGCGUUGCUUACUAGCUUGCUAGCUAGCUACAGAGGUUAGCUGGCUAGUUAGCUACAGUAGUUAGCUACUGCCAUCAGUUGUUGUGUUAUUAUCAUAUUUAGCCUAUUCCACCAUUUGUAGAAUGCGUAUUGGCAUUUAAAUAUAGUGCGAGAGAAGGAAAUCAGGAGACACGGUUACAUGUAUGUGUAGACGCAUGACGCGUUCGGAAUUCCAUGAUCAGAAUCCAAACGCUGCAUGAACAGUCAAACCUAGACAGCCUUAGUGUCAACUGGCGUCGUCUAUAAUUCCACUAUUUCACCACCAGAGGUCACCAUCAACCUCAUCCUCACCACCAACUCUAGUCUAGCUGACACCAGCGUCUCAGACUGCAAACGGAAGCAUUUCAUUACAUGCUAAAUGAAAUAUUAUUCACCCUUAUUCAUUACAGGGGGGGAAUGUGUCAGAAGCAAUCUUUUCUCAUUUCAAGACAAUUGACCCGUCUUUCCCCUGCUUCCUCAGAAGGGAGAUUGACCCGUCUUCCACAUUUAACGUCCGUGUCAUCAGCACCCAGAGAGCAAUUGUUGAGGGAUAACUACCUUGCUCAAGGGCAGAAUGAUAGAUUUGUACUUUUUCGGCUCAGGGAUUCAGUCCAGCAACCUUCCAGUUACUGGCCCAACGCUCCUACCCGUCAGGCUAUGCCACCUGAGGGUGUUUGCCAAGCGUAACCUCAUGUGAAGUGACCGUGGAGACAGAUGGAAUGGAUCUUUACAUUUACACAUUUUAGUCAUUUAGCAGACGCUCUUAUCCAGAGCGACUUACAUGAGCAAUUAGGGUUAAGUGCCUUGCUCAAGGGCACAUCGACAGAUUUUUCACCUAGUCGGCUCGGGGAUUAGAACCAGCGACCUUUCGGUUACUGGCACAACGCUCUUAACCACUAAGCUACCUGGAUUCACGUUCCAUGUAUGGGGUGAAUCCUAACUAAGUCAAAUGUUCACUUAGUCAAGCAUUGAUGUCAAUGGGACUUGAUGUCAAUUCGAUUCACCCCUGACUCAUUUUCCUUCAAAAACAUAAUCGCACCCCCUGACACUUCACAAGAUAACUAUCCCAGAAAAAGAUAGAGGAACACAGUUGUCUGUAAUGAUCUGUUGAGGUUUAUUUAGGGACAAACAGACAGGCUUACAUUUCAGCGCUUCACACUGUCAGACACUUCCCUCAGAGCCUCUUCAGUUAAUUUGUCCUCCUAAUACACUACAUGGACUACUGUGAAGUAGCUGUGGAGCUAGAUCUGUCUUGAUCGAUAUAUUUAUUUAUUGAUUGGCUAAUUGAUUGAUUGGCUGAGUGGCUGAUUGAUUGAUGGGUUGAUGGAUUGAUUGGUGGAUUUAUUGAUCUUUUCCACUGUGUGACUGAAGGAUUUGUCCUACUUAUGCAGUGUACCCCGGCGUUGGUAUUGAGCGAUUGAUUGAUUGAUUGGUUGAUUACUUGAUUGAUUGAUUGAUUGGUUGAGUGAUUUGUUGGUUGGUUAAUUACUUGAUUGAUUUGAUUGAUUGAUUACUUGAUUGAUUGAUUGAUUGAUCGUCUCCAUUGAGUAACACAUACAUUUGUCCUCCUAAUCCAGGGAGCCCCUGGCGAGCGUGGAGUCGGCGGUGUGUCUGGCCCUAAGGGAGCCGGUGGUGACCCUGGUCGUCCUGGCGAGCCCGGUCUUCCUGGCGCAAGAGUAAGUUCCACUCCAACUUCUCUCUACCAUCUGGAACAGCAGUAUGUAUCAAUGCUCUGGUGAGAUGGAAUAAAACUAUGGCUGAGUAACGGAGCCAAUAAUUUAACUCGCAUAAUAAUAUUGUACAUAGGCUACUAAAUUAAAUAUAUAGGCUCUGGUAAUGACAAUGGCUGCACUAUGAAGCCAAGACAAUAAUCACUGUAGAUUGAACUCACAUACAGUAUACUUGAGGUAUUUGAUGAGUCGGAGAUUGAUUGCUCAGGCCUUUUAGGAGGUUUGAGCUGUGAUGUGUGUGUCUCUGUGCUCGUCUUGCAGGGUCUUACUGGUCGUCCUGGUGAUGCAGGUCCUCAAGGCAAAGUUGGACCCGGUGUAAGUAUGCUUGUUGUCUGUUUUGUUCAACGACUGUAAAAAAGAAUGUUUUUGUAUUAAAAAAAUUAUAAUAAACAUGAAGUUGCUCACUAGAUGACACUAGCAUGUUCACAGGACUCUGACCAAUGAUUUACAUAGACACUAGCUGAAUCAGCAUGUUCACAGGACUCUGACCAAUGAUUUAUAUAGACACUAGAUGAAUCAGCAUGUUCACAGGACUCUGACCAAUGAUUUAUAUAGACACUAGAUGAAUCAGCAUGUUCACAGGACUCUGACCAAUGAUUUAUAUAGACACUAGAUGAAUCAGUAUGUUCACAGGACUCUGACCAAUGAUUUAUAUAGACACUAGAUGAAUCAGCAUGUUCACAGGACUCUGACCAAUGAUUUAUAUAGACACUAGAUGAAUCAGUAUGUUCACAGGACUCUGACCAAUGAUUUAUAUAGACACUAGAUGAAUCAGCAUGUUCACAGGACUCUGACCAAUGAUUUAUAUAGACACUAGAUGACUGAUAGGGUUUAUGUACAUAAUUGACUCAGACAGUGGAGAAAAACCCUCAGGUGCAUAACUUCUAGUUUUUAUUUUGCACGAUUGAUUGAUUGAUUGAUUGACUGACCUUCCUGUUUCCCCCCUGUAGGGUUCGGCUGGUGAGGAUGGUCGCCCCGGACCCCCUGGCCCAAUGGGAGCCCGCGGUCAGCCUGGUGUGAUGGGAUUCCCCGGACCCAAGGGAGCCAACGUAAGUGUCACUGUUUGAUUGAUUGAUUGUAGAUUGAUUGAUUUAUUGGGUUUUUGGAAUAUUGAUUGAUUGAUUGAGUAUUUUGGAUGAUUGAUUGAUUGAUUGAGUAUUUUGGAUGAUUUGAUGAUUGAUUGGUUGGGUGUUUUGGAUGAUUUGAUGAUUGAUUGGUUGGGUGUUUUGGAUGAUUUGAUGAUUUAAUGGUUGUUGGGUGUUUGGAUGAUUUGAUGAUUGAUUGAUUGUGUGUUUGGAUGAUUUGAUGAUUGAUUGAUUGGUUGGGCGUUUGGAUGAUUUGAUGAUUGAUUGAUUGGGUGUUUGGAUGAUUUGAUGAUUGAUUGAUUGGUUGGGUGUUUGGAUGAUUUAAUGAUUGAUUGAUUGAUUGAUUGAUGCAUUUUCAAAUCUCCUGAGUAAGGCUUGGACACUAGCUGCCAUGGACAGAGUGUCUGUCUAUUCUACAUACAGCUGGACAUCCUUGGUGACUGACUGGUGUGUGUGUUUUCUGACUAGGGCGAACCUGGCAAGGGAGGAGAGAAGGGACUUCUUGGUGCGCCAGGUCUGAGAGUAAGUCAUUUCUCUGUGGAUUAUUUAUCUCCCCCAGACAGACAGACACAGACAUACUUAUCAGUAAUAUGUCAGGGUAAACAUACCUUAUGCCCUCCUAGAAAGGAUAAAAAAUACAAAAUGCUUUCAGGAAUCCAUUUAGAUUAAACCAAACACUGCUACGAAUCAUAAAUAGCCUGCUACCUUCUUUUUUAUGAUAUUAUAUGCAAUUUCAAAUGUGCAGAAAACACUUUAAAGAUAUUGUUAGGAAACCAUUCCACGUACUCAGUUUAUCCCAGUAGUUGUAAUUACAUCUAUCAGGCUUCAUCUGCCUCCCAUGGCCUCUAACUCACUCUCUCUCUCUCUCCUCUCUCUCUCUCUCUCUCUCUCUCUCUCUCUCUCUCUCUCUCUCUCUCUCUCUCUCUCUCUCUCUCUCUCUCUCUCUCUCUCUCUCUCUCUCCCUCUCUCUUCUCCCACCCCUCCUCUCUCCUUCCCUCUCUCUCUCUCUUUCUCCUUAUAGGGUCUUCCUGGUAAGGAUGGUGAGACCGGAGCUGCUGGACCCCCUGGCCCUGCUGUGAGUAUCACUAUCUCUCGCUGAUCUUAUCCACCUUUCUCAAUUUACUGUCUAAAAGGACCUGAUAACUCCACCAAACCCAGGCUGGAUAUGCUCCAAUGUGUUCAACGGGUAUCGUUGUCAAUUCACAGCUAGCUAACCUUUCUGAUUCAAGUUUCAAUGUGGUUGUAAGAUGGUACGAUUAUUACAGUGUAUUGUCAAGAUGAGACCAACUUGUUCACAAUUACUUUGCUUGAUGUUAGAUGUGUCAGUUGAGUUUAAAGGCACAAUUCUUCAUUUGUUUUUUUCACAGCAGCCCAGUCCUUUGGUUUGAUUUUAUUUAUCCUUUAUUUGAUCAGGGAGUCAUACUGAGACCAAUGUCCUUUAUUUGAUCAGGGAGUCAUACUGAGACCAAGGUCCUUUAUUUGAUCAGGGAGUCAUACUGAGACCAAGGUCUCUUUUACAGAUGAGCCCUGAAUUACAUAAAUUACAGAAAAUACACACAUCAAAAUAUAAAUACAGAAUGCAAGCAGAAAGAAAGAAAAACACAGUCAUAAAAAACAAACACAUUCAUCAGUAAUAAGAUCCUCAGUCAGCUUUCUGAAUUGUUGUAGAGGCACCAGAACAUCAAAUUGAAGAACAUUUUGAAGAUUGUUCCACAAAUAAGGUGUAAGGAAACUAAAAGCUGAUUUACCUAACUCAGUAGAGGCCAGUGGUGGUAAAAGUACUAAAUUGUCAUACUUGAGUAAAAGUAAAGAUACCUUAAUAGAAAAUGACUCAAGUAAAAGUGAAAGUCACCCAGUAAAAUAUUACUUGAGUAAAAGUCUAAAAGUAUUUGGUUUUAAAUAUAUUUAAGUAUCAAAAGUAAAUGGAAUUGCUAAAAUGUACUUAAGUAUCAAAAGUAAAAGUAUAACUCAUUUCAAAUUCUUUAUAUUAAGCAAACCAAUAGAAAUAGGUCCUGCCACUCGCUAAAUAGUAGAAAGCAGAUUAAUCAGUCGACGUUCCUAUCGGUUCAAUUAUUUAUUUUAUUUUUUAAUUGACGGAUAGCCAGGAGCACACUCCAACACUCAGACAUAAUUUACAAACAAAGCAUGUGUGUUUAGUGAGUCCGCCAGAUCAGAGGCAGUAGGGAUGACCAGGGAUGUUCUCUUGAUAAGUGUGUGAAUUGGACCAUUUUCCUGUGAAAAUGUAACGAAUACUUUUGGGUGUCAGAGAAAAAGUAAAGUAAAGUACAGAUACCCCAAAAAACGACUUAAGUAGUACUUUAAAUUAUUUACUUAAGUACUUUACAGCACUGGUAGAGGCAAAGGAAUUUCCAGAGUUAGCCUCCCUGAGACCGGGUGUGGUAACUCGUAUGUCUAAAGUUUAGUAAUGAUCUUAGGUACAGUGGGACUUUUUGUAAAAGAUUUAUAAAUGAAAACAUAGCAAUCUAUCAACCUACGUGACAUCCAAGCGGGCCAACCAACUUUUUGGUAGAGAAUGCAAUGAUGAAUACUAAAAUUGUCAUUCGUAAUAAAGCGCAGUGCUCUAUGAUAAACUGCAUCUAACGACUUUAAACGAAGUGGCAGCUGAGUUCAUAUAGAUGAUGUCGCCAUAGUCUAGAACCGAUAGGAACGUCGACUGAAUAACCUGCUUUCUACUAUUUAGCGAGAGGCAGGACCUAUUUCAAUACAACUAAUUAAUCAAUAUGCUUUUUAAAUGACAGCUUUUCAUCUAUCCAGAUGCCCAGAUAUUUGUAAGCAGGGACACGAUCAAUAUGCUUAAAUCAUCAGUUAUUUUUAUGCGCUCCAGAGAACAACAUAUACUUAGUUUUACCUGCAUUCAGUAAUAAUUUCAGGUCAAUAACGUGUUUAUGUAAUACAAUGAAGGCAGACUGUAGUUCAGAUAGAGCCUGGUCAACCGUGGGGACAAUAGCAUACACAACAGUAUCAUCAGCAUACAAGUGCAGGUAAAAAUGUUUUACAGACAAGUCGAUAUUGUUAAUGUUAACAGUAAAAAGUACAGGACCCAGAAUCGACCCAUGCGGGACCCCUUUCAUAAUAUUCAGGAAACCUGAUUUAACACCAUCAGUAGAUACACAUUGAGUUCUAUCUGUCAAGUCAUUUUUAAACCAGUUACAUCCAGCCUGGUCUAGGCCAAUUGAGGAAAGCUUCUGAAUGAGCAGUGAGUGAUCAACAGUAUCGAAAGCCUUUGACAGGUCAAUGAAUAAAGCUCACUGUUAAGCCUUCCUUUACCUCAGGGCCCUGCUGGAGAGAGAGGAGAGCAAGGACAACCUGGACCUUCUGGCUUCCAGGUCAGUACCUGUACACCUGUCUGUCUGUCACUCUGUAUUCACUGUGUACCUGUCUGUCUGUCACUCUGCAUUCACCGUGUACCUGUCUGUCUGUCUGUCUGUCUGUCUGUGUGUGUCUGUCUGUCUGUCUGUCUGUCUGUCUGUCUGUCUGUCUGUCUGUCUGUCUGUCUGUCUGUCUGUCUGUCUGUCACUCUGCAUUCACUGUGAACCUGUCUGUCUGUCUGUCUGUCUGUCAUUCUGCACUCACUGUGUACCUGUCUGUCUGUCUGUCUGUCACUCUGUAUUCACUGUGAACCUGUCUGUCUGUCUGUCUGUCUGUCUGUCAUUCUGCACUCACUGUGUACCUGUCUGUCUGUCUGUCUGUCUGUCACUCUGCAUUCACCGUGUACCUGUCUGUGUGUCUGUCUGUCUGUCUGUCUGUCUGUCUGUCAUUCUGCAUUCACUGUGUACCUGUCGUCUGUCUGCACUCUGUAUUCAGUAUACUGUCUGUUGUCUGUCACUCGCAUUCACGUGUACCUGUCUGUCUGUCUGUUGUCUGUCAUCGCAUUCACUCUUACCUUUGCUGUCUGUCUGUUGUCUGUCUGUCGGAGCUGUCUGUCGCUGUUGUCUCUGUCAGUCUGUCUUUGGCAUUCGCAUCACUGUGACCUGUCUUUAGUCUUCUCUGUCACUCUGCAUCCUCUGACCUGGGCAGCUGUCGUGCUGCAUCUGUCUGUGCCUUCUGGUCUGUCUGCGUCGUCUGUCACUCUGUAUUCACGUGUACCUGUCUGUCUGUCACUCUGUCAUUCACGUGUACCUGUCUGUCGUCUGUCGUCUGUCUGUUGUCUGUCUGUUGCAUCUGUCUGUCAUUCUGUCACUGUGUACCUGUCUGUCUGUCUGUCACUCUGCAUUCACUGUGUACCUGUCUGUCUGUCUGUCAUUCUGCUUCUGUUACCUGUCUGUCUGUCUGUCUGUCUGUCAUCUUAUUCACUGUGUACCUGUCUGUCUGUCACUCUGAUUACGUGUACCGUCUGUUCGCUGUUGUCUGUCUGUGUCUGUCUGUCUGUCUGUCUGUCUGUCUGUCGUCAUUCUGCAUUCACUGUGUACCUGUCUGUCUGUCUGUCACUCUGUAUUCACUAUGUACCUGUCUGUCUGUCUGUCACUCUGCAUUCACUGUGUACCUGUCUGUCUGUCUGUCUGUCUGUCUGUCUGUCUGUCUGUCUGUCUGUCUGUCUCUUCUGUCUCUUCUGUCGUCACUCUGCAUUCACUGUGUACCUGUCCUGUCGUCUGUCUGUGUCUCUGUCUUCUGUCUGUCACUCUGCAUGUCACUCGUACCUGUCUGUCUGUCUAGUCUGUCUGUCUGUCAUUCUGUCUGUCGUCGUAUGUCUGUCUGUCUGUCUGUCUGUCUGUCACUCUAUUCACUGUGUACCUGUCUGUCUGUCCGUCGUCUGCAUCACUGUGUACUGUCUGUCUGUGUCUGUUGUCUGUUGUCUUUCUGUUGUCUGUGUCUGUCUGUCUGUCUGUCACUCUGCAUUCACACACUCCCAUAACAUAUUAGUCUGCGUUUACACAGGCAGCGCAAUUAUUGGCAAAAGAGCUGAUCUGAUUGGUAAAAAAAAACAUUAGUGGAAAAAUAUCAGAAUUAAAUUACCUGUGUAAACGCAGACAUUAUAUGCUACAUUUGUCCAAUCACAUUGACAAUUCAGUCAACUAUACACUUUGCAAGGAGUAACAACAGCCACAUGAUUGAUUGAUUAAUUGAUUGAUUGAAUGAAUGAGUGAUUCAUUGAUUGGUUGUUUUGCUUCCUGUGUACAGGGUCUGCCCGGACCUCCCGGCCCCCCUGGUGAGGGAGGCAAGCCCGGUGACAUGGGAGUUCCGGGAGAGGGUGGAGCUGCUGGUGCCACUGGACCCAGAGUGAGUUUAAUCUCCUCCACCAUCAUCUCCACACCUACGGUGUUCCUAUAGCUAAACUCCACUUAUGGAGUUAUGGAGGACCAAUAAUGCUAACCAUCCAUCCUUGUCUCCCUAUAGGGUGAGCGUGGUUUCCCAGGAGAGAGAGGAGGUGCUGGGCCUCAGGGGCUGCAGGGACCCCGUGGUCUUCCUGGAACUCCUGGAACUGAUGGACCCAAGGUGAGACAAACACACUGUACUGUAGAUAAUUUUGUCUUCUCAUAUACCUAAUAGCAUAGCCCAGAUUUUGGACCCUUGGCUAGCAGAAUGUGAACCGGACUAGUACAAUUUGAAGCUAGUAGUAUUUGCAGCUGGUAGUAUUUGCAGCUGGUAGAUUUUCUUCUUUUUUUUACCCUUAUUAUACCAGGUAAGUUGACUGAGAACACAUUCUCAUUUACAGCAACGACUUGGGGAAUAGUUACAGGGGAGAGGAGGGGGGAUGAAUGAGCCAAUUGGAAGCUGGGGAUGAUUAGGUGGCCAUGAUGCUAUGAGGGCCAGAUUGGACAUUUAGCCAGGACACUGGGGUUAACACCCCUACUCUUACGAUAAGUGCCAUGGGAUCUUUAGUGAACACGGAGAGUCAGGACACCCAUUUGGUUCCACCAUAUCCCACAGAACAUAUAGUAUUUGAUGCAUGAGACUGGCUCAUUACAACAAUGCACGGUCCCAUCCUGAUCCUGCACAGUACCUGUUUAAAGCAUGCCAGCUAUACCAUCUCGUUACCACCAAGGGCAAAUUCUACACAACCUUUUCACUGCUUAGAAAAUGAGAUUUACGGUUAUCAUAUUACAGGAAACGUGGCACAUUCACAGACAUUCCCGUUGUCCGUUAACCACGGCUCAGUGCAACUUUUCAUUCUCAAUACUGGUAAUGAGUGGAACAGACUUGGGGGAGAUUUGAGGAGACUAGGGGGUGAAAGUGCCUGCCUGCUUGCCUUCCAGGCCAUUUCAGUUCAGAACCCCUCUGACUGUUACACAAGGAGGAAAGGAUAGAUAGAGGCUGGGAUUAGAGCUAAUGAUAUGAUGGAGGGAGGAGGAGGAGGAGGAGGAGGAGGAGGAGGGGGAGGGGGAGGAGGAGGAGGGGGAGGAAGGAGGAGGAGGAGGAGGAGGAGGAGGGAUGUACAGACAGAUAAAUGUAACUGGGGGUUUAGAGAGGCAGCAGUGCCAGCAGGAGAGAACAAACACAGCACUCCUCUUUGAGCUAAGCGCUGCAGGAACAUUUGGCAAAUUGGCCGAGAACAAGCUUAGAGAACGUUAAUGAGAACGAGCUGCCAGACAGCAAAAGUCAGUGUGAUAUAGAAGAGGAAGACAAAUAACAACAACGUCAACUCUAUAAACAGCACAGGCCUGAGUUCAAAUACUGUUUUAAACAAUUUCAUAUACUGUACAGUAGCUGUGUCUUGAUGUGGCUGAUGUAUUUUUAUAGGACAUGUUCCAUCCAAUAGAAAUGUGUUUCUAUGGGCAAUGUUUUGACUUCUAUGUUCACCUACACUACCGUUCAAAAGUUUGGGGUCAUUUCUUUGUCCAUUAAAAUAACAUCAAAUUGAUCAGAAAUACAGUGUAGACAUUGUUAAUGUUGUAAAUGGCUAUUGUAGCUGGAAACGGCUGAUUUUUUAAUGGAAUAUCUACAAAGGCAUACAAAGGCCCAUUAUCAGCAACCAUCAGUCCUGUGUUCCAAUGGCACGUUGUGUUUGCUAAUCCAAGUUUAUCAUUUUAAAAGGCUAAUUGAUCAUUUGAAAACCCUUUUGCAAUUAUGUUAGCUGAUUAAAGAAGCAAUAAAACUGGCCUUCUUGAGACUAGUUGAGUAUCUUGGAGCAUCGGCAAUUGUGGGUUCGAUUACAGGCUCAAUAUGGCCAGAAACAAAUAACCUUCUUCUGAAACUCAUCAGUAUAUUCUUGUUCUAAGAAAUGAAGGCUAUUCUAUGCGAGAAAUUGCCAAGAAACUGAAGAUCUCGUACAAAGCUGUGUACUACUCCCUUCACAGAACAGCGCAAACUGGCUCUAACCAGAAUAGACAGUGGAGUGGGAGGCCCCGGUGCACAACUGAGCAAGAGGACAAAUACAUUAGUGUCUAGUUUGAGAAACAGAUGCCUCACAGGUCCUCAACUGGCAGCUUCAUUAAAUAGUACCCGCAAAACACCGGUCUCAACAUCAACAGUGAAGAGACAUCUCCAGGAUGCUGACCUUCUAGGCAGAGUUGCAAAGAAAAAGCCUUAUCUCAGACUGGCCAAUAAAAAGAAAAGAUGGAGAUUGUCAGUCCGAGAUAUGGCUUUUUCUUUGCAACUCUGCCUAGAAGGUCAGCAUCCCGGAGUCACCUCUUCACUGUUGACGUUGAGACUGGUGUUUUGCGGGUACUAUUUAAUGAAGCUGCCAGUUGAGGACCUGUGAGUUGAGGACCUCUUGCUCAGUUGUGCACCGGGGCCUCCCACUCCUCUUUCUAUUCUGGUUAGAGCCAGUUUGCGCUCUUCUAUGAAGGGAGUAGUACACAGCAUUGUACGAGAUCUUCAGUUUCUUGGCAGUUUCUCACAUGGAAUAGCCUUCAUUUCUCAGAACAAGAAUAGACUGAUGAGUUUCAGAAGAAAGUUAUUUGUUUCUGGCCAUUUUGAGCCUGUAAUCGAACCCACAAUUGCUGAUGCUCCAGAUACUCAACUAGUCUCAAGAAGGCCAGUUUUAUUGCUUCUUUAAUCAGCUAACAUAAUUGCAAAAGGGUUUUCUAAUGAUCAAUUAGCCUUUUAAAAUGAUAAACUUGGAUUAGCAAACACAACGUGCCAUUGGAACACAGGACUGAUGGUUGCUGAUAAUGGGCCUCUGUACGCCUAUGUAGAUAUUCCAUUAAAAAUCAGCCGUUUCCAGCUACAAUAGCCAUUUACAACAUUAACAAUGUCUACACUGUAUUUCUGAUCAAUUUGAUGUUAUUUUAAUGGACAAAAAAAUUGCUUUUCUUUCGAAAACAAGGACAUUUCUAAAUUACCCCUAACUUUUCAACUGUAGUGUAUGUCUAAAUGUAUAUAAUGUUUCCAUGUCUAGAUGUUUUAGGGACUACAGAUGGAAAUGAGCUAUUAGCUAAAUCUGGUGUGACACAUGUUUUCUCAGUGUUCUGAGACUUAUGGUUUUGUAGUGCAAUGUCAAAUAAAUGUAAUAAAUAUAUUGAGCAUGCAUGUUGCAAUGGGCAACUUCAUUAAGUCCCAAACGACCUCAGAUGAUUCUCAAAUAUAUAUUCUCAAACCAUCUUGAAGGAAACUGAAAAUUACAACUUUGAAUGAAGGUCCUGAUGAAAAAUGAAAACCUUUAAUGAAGGUCCUGCUGAUACACCAAAGCUGGGUAAAACUUUUCAGCUAGUUAAUUACUGGGUAGUGUUCACCUUGUAUUGCCCUUGCAUUUGAUAUGGUUUGUUUUGAUGAAUAAUGUCACUGUGAACUGGCCAGUUUCUUCAUUGUGGGGAUAGAGCUUCUGUGAAAUGUAUUUUCAGUUCUAUUCUGUUCUAUUCAGUUCUAUUAUGUUCUGGCGCACAAUUGGCCCAGCGUGGUCCAGGGUAGGGGAGGGAAUGGCCGGCAGGGAUGUAGCUCAGUUGGUAGAGCAUGGCGUUUGCAACGCCAGGGUUGUGGGUUCGAUUCCCACGGGGGCCAGUAUGAAAAAAAGAAUAGAAAAGAAUAAUGUAUGCACUAACUGUAAGUCGCUCUGGAUAAGAGCAUCUGCUAAAUGACUAAAGUGUAAAGUGUAUUCAGUUAUAUUCAGUUCUAUUCUAUGGGCUGUUACUGUUGUUUGUCAUCAACACCUCUAACAGCUGCUGAGUUGCUAUUCGUUCUGUGUUCAGCUGCUGACAGUAUCUGUUGUGUGUGUUGUGUUGUAGGGCGCGAUCGGACCAGGUGGUGCAUCGGGUGCCCAGGGACCCCCCGGUCUGCAGGGUAUGCCCGGAGAGAGAGGAGCCUCAGGCAUCCCCGGACCUAAGGGAGACAGAGUGAGUGCCACUUGAGAGAAGCAUCCUAAAAUUAGUUAUAGUCAUAGUUAUCGUAAUCGUACUAAACCAUGAAAGGGAUCACUAGCCAUGGACUUUGCAACAUGAUCCACUGGAGAAAAGCAAAACAGCACAGCAAUAAUGAUGUGGAGUGGCAACAAAUGAUGUGGGCCUAUUUACAGUACAUUCUCAUUGAUGUUGUGAUUCCAUCAUGUGUUAACCUACUGUAUGCCCUUAAUCAUAAUGUAUUGUAAUGUAAUUGUGUUUGUGUCCCACAGGGUGACAAUGGAGAGAAGGGACCUGAGGGUGCUUCUGGCAAAGACGGCUCAAGAGUGAGUGACCAUCAUCAUCAUCAUCAUCAUCCACCAUAUCCCCUCACAGCCCUAUAACGUCAACCACUCUACCAUUUAAUAUUCAACACAUUUAUAACGUCAACCACUCUACCAUUUGAUAUUCAACACAUUGAUAAUGUCAACCACUCUACCAUUUCAUAUUCAACACAUUGAUAAUGUCAACCACUCUACUGUUUAACAUUCAGCAUAUUUAAAUAUUCCUUCCAGUAAUCCAUGUAUAUACUCACACAUUAAAUUGUUCAUGGACAUUAACAGCAGAAGGAGAGCUGGACUGAAACUUCAAUUUUUUUACUCUUCUAUACCCUCUCUUUCUAUUUCUCUAUAUCGUCUAGGGUUUGACUGGUCCAAUUGGUCCUCCCGGCCCAGCUGGUCCCAAUGGAGAGAAGGUGUCCGUUUAUCUUUUAACUUGUAUACUAGUUAAUUGGUUAAUUGAUCAAAUACAUGUUUGUAUUAUAUAAAUCCGAAAAAUACACAUACAGCCAUAUCACCUGUAAUGAGGUUACUGGAUCACCUAGGUAUGAUAAAAACAGUCCAUAUAAGGUCUGAUAUGUGGAUUGAUAUCUAUAUGUUGAUGUAUGAUUGACCUCUGUGACUGACCUCUGACCUCUAUGACCUUCAUCCUAUAGGGUGAAUCUGGUCCCUCUGGACCUUCCGGUGCUGCUGGUGCCCGUGGUGCUCCUGUAAGUACUACACACACAACACACAACACACACGCCACACACACACACACACACACACACACACACACACACACACACACACACACACCACACACACAACACACAACACACACCACACACACACACACACCACACACACACACACACUCACAAGUUAGGAUAAGAUAGUUCUUACAUCAGAAAGAUUUUUUCCCUUUUCCUAAGCUACCUGAUUAGGACCUAUUGCCAUCUCUAGGCUACUGUAUUGAUCCAGAGGCGAGAAUUACAUUCACUCGCAAUGCUAUUUCCUUUAAUACUCUCCACCUCUCAAUCAAUAAUGAAAUGAACACAGAACUUGAUACAUGCUCGUUUGAACAAGGACAUUUCAAGGGAAGUUGAUGAUGUUCAACUUGACCUCUUGACAGGGUGACAGGGGCGAGACUGGACCUCCUGGGCCUGCUGGCUUCGCUGGGCCUCCUGUAAGUAUCGCACCAAGGACACAGUACUGUCCAUGCACUUUCUCUCACCAUCAGUGCUACCGUCAACAACCCAGACUGCAACAUUUACAGGACCCACUCAAGCUGCUUGUUGUAUGUUGAAGCAAGCAGCUGUCUGAGCAGUCUUUUUCCCCCGUGUCCCACCCCAGGGAUCUGAUGGUCAGCCCGGAGCCAAGGGAGAGCAGGGAGAGGGUGGACAGAAGGGAGACGCUGGUGCCCCCGGACCCCAGGGGCCCUCCGGAGCUCCUGGACCUUCCGUACGUUUCACUAACUCACUUUGUCCUGAAAGAAAAAAAUAUAUAGAGUAGUUAUUUGUGUUACGAAAUAUUCAGAUGGAGUUACUUGCUUCACGUUUCUUCAUAAAACUGACUAUCAAUUUCCUUCAUUUCAGGGACCUACUGGUGUUUCUGGACCCAAAGGUGCUCGCGGUGCUCAGGGACCCCCUGUAAGUACAAAUCUCAUAUUAUAUAUUUCAUUUCCGCUUUACAUUGUUUCUGAUGUUUCCAUUUCAUCAACAAUCUCUCUCUAACAGGGUGCCACUGGUUUCCCUGGAGCUGCCGGCAGAGUGGGACCCCCUGGUCCCAAUGUAAGUACAAUCACCUUUCAGUAAGACACAACUCAAACACUCACAUCUUCAGUCAACCUACCUGAGCAUUGAAGUAUAAAUCAUACUGAUUCAUUACACUGUUCAUUUAGUAAAAAGUGUUGGAUUUGACUAGAAUAGAAAAGCCAUUGUUUCAGUGUGGGUUUAACAGUGUUGGGAAACAUUUUCCAAAAGGAAUGAGCUCUUUUAUGUAAUUAAAGGUUUUUACAGUUGAUUUCUGAUAUAUUUCAGUACAUACAGGUGUAAUGCUUUUGUUUUAAUGAGUAUUAUGGUCAUUCAGAGGGUUAAUUAACACUCACUUUUUCAUCUAUAACCAGACGGGCACAGAAUCAUUCAUCAGCACUAUAGUGUGUUUUAUCCCACUGGAACCACAGUAGUGAAUAACGCUGAUUAUGGAUGAUAUCAUCCUAACAUAUGCCCACAGACAGACAGGAGGUCAACCUCUAACAUAUGCCCACAGACAGACAGGAGGUUAACCUCUAACAUAUGCCCACAGACAGACAGGAGGUCAACCUCUAACAUAUGCCCACAGACAGACAGGAGGUCAACCUCUAACAUAUGCCCACAGACAGACAGGAGGUUAACCUCUAACAUAUGCCCACAGACAGCAGGAGGUUAACCUCUAACAUAUGCCCACAGACAGACAGGAGGUCAAACCAGCUAACAUAUGCCCAUUCAGACAGACAGGAGGUUGCCUUGUGGGCAGGUGCGCUGAUGGUUGUUUCCGAGGAGUAUGACCUGUCCUGUCGUCAGUAGGCAUGUGCAGUCUGAAUGGAUUAUCCCUCUGUAUUGACCUGCUCCUGUCAUGUCUGUGGGCAGGUACGAUCUUGAAUGGUUCUUAUCACAAAGAGUAUUGACCUACGCCUUGUUCUGUGGGGUUCAGUCUGAAGGAAUUUUUCCCAAAGGAAUGACCGCUCCUGUCUGUCUGUGGGCAGUGCUUGAAUGGUUUUUUAUUCCAGAGAAGUUGACCUUCUUGUUCUGGUUCUGUGGUCAGGUUAUCUGAAUGCGUUUUUUCCAAAAGAGUGCACUGUCUCUCGCUUGUGUGUAUCUCACGUCGAAGUUGUUACCCAGAAGUAUUGCCUGCUCCUGUCUGUCCUGAGCAGUCAGUCGAUGGUUGUACUCCAACAGUAUUGACCUGCCACCAGCGUGUCUGUGGCAGGUAUCAUCCGAAGUGUUAUCCCAGAGAAUUACCUUGCCGCUCUGUCGGGGCAGGUCAUUACUGAGGUUGUAUCCCAAGAGAGUAGUUGACCUGCUCCUGUCAGCGCGUGGGUAAACGUUCAAUCUGAAGGUUGUAUCCCAGAGUAUUGACCUGCUCCAUUGUCCUGGCUAGUCAGCUGAACGUUGUUAUCCCGAAGAAGAGUUCCUCUCUGUCUGGGGCAGGCAGUUAACGGUUGAUUCCUGUCUGUCUGUGGCAGUGUUCAGUCUGAAUGGUUGUGACCUGUGCCAUGUCUUCUGUGGGCAGGUUUAGUCUGAGAGGUUUGUCCCUGUAUUGCUCUGUCGUCUGUCUGUGGCAGGUGUCUUACAAUGGGUUACCUGCUCCUGUCUUCUGGGGGAGGUUCAGUCUGAAUGGUUUGACCUGUCCCAGGUCUUGGGGCAGCUUCCUGUCUGUUGUGACCUGCCCCGUCUGUCUGUGGGCAGUUCAGUUGAUGUUUGACCUGUCCUGUCGUCUGUGGGCAGUUCAGUUGAAUGGUUGAUGACCUUGCUCCUGUCUGUCUCUCUGUAUGUGGGCAGGUUCAGUCUGAAUGGUUGUGAUCUGCUCCUGUCUGUCUCCUGUUGUGGGCAGGUUCAGUUGAAUGGUUGUAUCCUCGCUUUGUCUGCUCCUUCUGUCUGUGGGCAGGUUCAGUCUGAAUGGUUGUUGACUCCCAGUUUGCUGCUCUGUCUGUUGGCAGGUUCAGUCGUAAUGUGUUGUCUGCUCUCCUGUCUGUCUUCGUAUGUUGAGGUUCGUGACUGGUUGUGAUCUGCUCCUGUCUGUCGUGGGCAGGUUCAGUCUGAAUGGUUGUGAUCUGCUCCUGUCUCUCUGUCUGUGGGCAGGUUCAGUCUGAAUGGUUGUGAUCUGCUCCUGUCUCUCUGUAUGUGGGCAGGUUCAGUCUGAAGGGUGUUGUCCUGCUCCUGUCUUCGUCUGUGGCAGGUUCAUCUGAGGUUCUGUCUCCUGUCUGUCAUGUUAUGUGGGAGUCGUCUGACUGGUUGUGCGGGGUUGCAGCGAAUGUGGAAAUCUGCAUUGCGUAUUUUGUUUGUUGGACUAUAUUGCGAUGAUUGAAUAAGGUAGAUAUGUAGAUAAUCCUCUGGGGAAAACAGUUUCAACAUGACUUUUGCAGGUGGAAUCCGAUUAAUAAGUUGAUGGCAUUAUAGUAGGUCCGUUGCCCGGGCUGGACACAAGUCCUUUUCUGUAUAUUGCCACUUGUGAGGCUCUGUUUCAGCUGGCCUUGCUUUCUGUACAACUCUGGUGCACUUGAGAACAUAGUUGCUUGUGCAUUACUGACUCCUCGUCAGUGACCAAAUCAUGGUUUUUGAAAAACCCUCUUUGGUAACCGUGUUAAUUGGUACCAUGUCUUUGGCGACAUGAAAUGUUAUUGAAUCUGUGAUUUCUCUCUGCCGUUUGGAACCUUUCUCGUAUGGUGUAAUACUGGCAAAGGCAUCCGAAAUAGAUUUUUGCUUUGGAGGGCAUUGAGAUGCUUUGGAGGGCAUUGAGAUGCUUUGGAGGGCAUUGAGAUGCUUUGCACUCGUCAUACGAAGAUUUGUGGUGCCGCCUUAAAUGAUCGAACAAAUUGGUCGUGUUGCCUCGUGUUGUGGCAACAAUUGCAAGGCACUCUCGACAAAGUACGUGUUUUUGGUCAACAUCAUCCUGUCUGUAGCUGAAAUAUUUCCAUAUAAUGACGAUGCAUUUCUUUCUGCAACCAAAUUCUCCAUUUCGGUAUUUUUUGCCUGUUCCUCGCUCAUCAUUUUGUCAAGGCAAGCAGAGCCUGCAUGGCAACCACGUGCAGCAACCAACUCCGUGUUUAAAAUAAUAAUAACAAUAAUAAACUGUGUAUCCAAUAACCUAUAAAUCAGAGUAAAUUACGUUAUAUCAGACAGAUAUAAUGCUAAUUUAACAUUUAAAAAUAUAUAUAUAUAUAUUGUAGACUGAUAUAUGUCCCAGAUUGACCUGCUCCUGUCUGUCUGUGGGCAGUUUCUGUCUGAAUGGUUGUUAUCCCAGAGAGUAUUGACCUGCUCCUGUCUGUCUGUGGGCAGGUUCAGUCUGAAUGGUUGUUAUCCCAGAGAGUAUUGACCUGCUCCUGUCUGUCUGUGGGCAGUUUCAUUCUGAAUGGUUGUGACCUGCUCCUGUCUGUCUGUGGGCAGUUUCAUUCUGAAUGGCUGUGACCUGCUCCCGUGUUUUUGUGGGCAGUUUCAGUCUGAAUGGUUGUUAUUCCAGAGAGUAUUGACCUGCUCCUGUCUGUCUGUGGGCAGUUUCAUUCUGAAUGGUUGUGACCUGCUCCCGUGUUUCUGUGGGCAGUUUAGGUCUGAAUGGUUGUUAUCCCAGAGAGUAUUGACCUGCUCCUGUCUGUCUGUCUGUCUGUCUGUCUGUCUGUCUGUCUGUCUGUCUGUCUGUCUGUCUGUCUGUCUGUCUGUCUGUCUGUCUGUCUGUCUGUCUGUCUGUCUGUCUGUCUGUCUGUCUGUCUGUCUGUCUGUCUGUCUGUCUGUCUGUCUGUCUGUUUGUCUGUCUGUCUGUCUGUCUGUCAUUCUGUCUGUCUGUCUGUCUCCUGUCUCCUGUCUGUGUGUCUGUGUGUCUGUAUGUCUGUCUGUCUGUCUGUCUGUCUGUCUGCCUGUCUGUCUGCCUGUCUCUCUGUCUGUCUGUCUGUCUUACCGUUAUGUGUUUUGUGUUUGUAUGAUUGAUUGAUUGAUUAAUUGGUUAUUGUUUGGUUGAUUGAUUGAUUGUUGUUUCAUUGAUUGAGUGAUGAUUGGUUGAUUGAUUGAUUGACAGAUUGAUGGAUUGGUUGAUCGAUGUAUUGAUUGAUUCGUUGAUUUGUUGACUUGUUGAUUGAUUGAUUUAUUGAUUGAUGUGUCUCUCUGCAGGGUAACCCUGGUGCUGCUGGUCCCGCUGGCCCUUCUGGUAAAGAUGGUCCUAAGGGUGUGCGUGGAGACGGUGGACCCCCAGGCAGACAGGGAGACGCUGGGCUGCGUGGAGCCGCUGGAGCCCCUGGAGAGAAGGGAGAUGCUGGAGAGGAUGGUCCCCCUGUAAGUUCACCUGUUUAUCACUACAGUACCGUCCUCCAAGCACCAAUCCGGGGAAUACUGGACGGCUUGAUAACUCUCAUUCAGCCCAGCACCCCAAUAAACAAAAGGGGUUAAUACAAGCUGAAUUAUCUGUCCCCAGUAAGUUCACCUUUUAUCAAAACCAUCCUCAAAUACAGGUCCUACAGGCUUUAUGCUUCAUUCAACACACCUGCACAACCCCACCACCCAAGAUAACACUGAAAUACAUCUGAGGUUUUGCAGCUAUAAAACCAGACUGGCUUUAUUUCCAAAAAAGUCUCUCUUGUUUACUUCCAACUCACUGGCACGGACAUCAGUCCAGGGAAUGAAAGAAAGACCCAUUAUAAUGGACAACAACACUACUCCCUCAUCCCCAUCACAACACAUAGCUGUCAGUGUGUGUUCAUCACUGACCCAAUAACCAGACUAAACACACUGCUGUCUGCCGGGACCUUAAUAGCACCUCGAGGCUUCCCCUGGACAGAGACAUGAUGGCACAGAGUCCAAGGCUUUUACUUUGCACUUACACACCCUACAAUUUGCCCCUGAGUAGCACUGAACUGAUGGCUGAAAGUUACUGAAAUUGGACAGGCAAUCACAGAGAACAGAGAACAGACAUGAUUAGACACACUGUUCCUCUCUGGCCUGAAUCACAUAAGUGGAGGAGAGUAGGAUGCAGUGCACACAAAAUACAUUUAUAGAUUUGUAUGUGUUUUUUUGUUGAUUGUUUUUGUUGAUAAUAACACACUGUCUUCCUCUCCUCUCUUCCUCCUCUCCUAAUCUCUUCUCUUCUCUCCCUCCUCAUCUCUUCCUCCUCUCCUCCUCCUCGCUUCCUCUUCCCCUUCCUUCUCUCUCUCCUCCCUCUCUCUCCUCUCCUCCGCUCUCCCUCUCUUCUUCCCUCCUCUUCCCUUCUUCUCUCUCCUCCUCUCUUCCUCUCUCUCUUCCUCCUUCAUUCCUCCUCUCUUCAUCCUCUCCUCCUCUUCCUCCUCUCUUCCUCCUCUUCCUCCUCUCUUCCUCUCUUCCUCCUCUCUUCCUCCUCUUCUUCCUCUCUUCCUCCUCUCUUUCUCCUGUCUUCCUCAUCCCAGGGUCCCGAUGGACCUUCAGGUCCUUCAGGUCUAGCUGGACAGCGUGGCAUUGUUGGUCUUCCAGGACAGCGUGGAGAGAGAGGUUUCCCUGGCCUGCCAGGACCCUCUGUAAGUCACAUGCACAUUCUAUUAAAUUGCAGUUAGAAUCAAUUUACACAUCGAUUAAUUAAUAAAUGAUUGAUUAAUUAUUAUACAGUAGACUAUGGGUUACUAAAGGCGACUUGACACGCAUGUAUUCAUUCAUUACAGAAUAAUAUUGUACAGUGAAUUGCGUUGUACCCACCCAUUUUCAAAUAAGAAUGGAUAGAUGGAUAUUCGAAGAAAAUGAUCAGUGAAUAGAUGACUAUUGAUUAAAUGAGUGUCACCCCCUAUCGGUGGUCCUCCAACCAACCUGUGUCCAUCUCCCCAGGGUGAGCCUGGUAAACAAGGAGCUCCUGGUGGAAGCGGAGACCGUGGACCCCCUGGCCCAGUGGGACCCCCUGGACUGACUGGACCCGCUGGAGAACCUGGUAGAGAGGUCAGUGUCUGUCCCAUAACAUGGGUUGUGUCUGAAAUUGCAUCCUAUUUCUUAUAUAGAGCACUACUUUUCACCAGGGUCCACAUAGGGCUCUGGUCAAAUCUGGUGCACCAUAUAGAGAAUAGUGUGCCAUUCAAUGCAGCACAGUGUCACCAAUAUGGCCUCUCAUUGUCAACUCUAUACCUGCAGUACAAUACGUUAACUCACUGUCAUGAUUAAGUGGAUCACUAACUAUACGUUUGAUGCUUCUGAUUUUAAACAAUGUGUAAUUGUCUCUCAGGGCAACGCUGGUUCUGAUGGACCCCCUGGUAGAGAUGGAGCCACUGGAAUCAAAGGUGACCGUGGUAACACCGGUCCUGUUGGUGCUCCUGGCGCCCCAGGUGGUAAUGGUGCCCCCGGCCCCGUCGGCCCCACCGGCAAGCAGGGAGACAGGGGAGAGGCUGUGAGUAUACACCCUAUAACACUCCCCUUAUCAUCCCCAUGGCUCCCCCGUUUACACCCCGUAGGACCCCUAUAACACCCCUUAACAUCCCCAUGGCAACCCCGUUUACACCCCGUAGGACCCCUAUAACACCCCUUAACAUCCCCAUGGCAACCCCGUUUACACCCCAUAGAACCCCUAUAACACCCCUUAACAUCCCCAUGGCAACCCCCUUUACACCCCGUAGGACCCCUAUAACACUCCCCUUAACAUCCCCAUGGCAACCCCGUUUACACCCGUAGAACCCCUAUAACACUCCCCUUAUCAUCCCCAAGGCAACCCCGUUUACACCCGUAGAACCCCUAUAACACUCCCCUUAUCAUCCCCAUGGCAACCCUGUUUACACCCGUAGAACCCCUAUAACACUCCCCUUAUCAUCCCCAUGGCAACCCUGUUUACACCCGUAGAACCCCAAUAACACUCCCCUUAUCAUCCCCAUGGCAACCCCGUUUACACCAGUAGAACCCCUAUAACACUCCCCUUAUCAUCCCCAUGGCAACCCCGUUUACACCCGUAGAACCCCUAUAACACUCCCCUUAUCAUCCCCAUGGCAACCCCGUUUACACCCCGUAGAACCCCUAUAACACUCCCCUUAUCAUCCCCAUGGCAACCCCGUUGAUACCCCGUAGAACCCCUAUAGCACCCCUUAAGCCCCUCUCUUGAGAGGACGUCAGGGGUGAACAACCCAGGACGUGAAGUUGAGGUUUUCUGUCCAUUUCUAUUUUCAGGAUAUACUGGAUAUGUGAGAGUCGACUUGUAUAUUAAUGUAUGAAUUAAUCCAUACACUUUCUUGGAUAUAACGGACAUGUAAUUGACUUCACUCAGAUACUAAUGUAUUGCAGCCCUUACUAACCCUGUGUCUGUCUCUUGGCUGUUCUCUAGGGAGCUCAAGGACCCGCUGGGCCUUCCGGGCCUGCUGGAGCCAGAGGAAUGGCUGGACCCCAAGGACCCCGUGGAGACAAGGGUGAGGCUGGAGAGGGUGGCGAGAGAGGACAGAAGGGACACAGAGGAUUCACUGGCCUGCAGGGUCUGCCUGGACCUCCCGUAAGUACCCCAAAUCACGCUGUACCCCCUAAUCUUCCUGUACCCCUAAUCUUCCUGUACCCCCUAAUCUUCCUGUACCCCUAAUCUUCCUGUACCCCCUAAUCUUCCUGUACCCCCUAAUCUUCCUGUACCCUUAAUCUUCCUGUACUCCCUAAUCUCUCUGUACCCUAAUGCCCAGUACCCCUAAUCUUCCUGUACCCCUAAUCUCCCUGUACCCUAAUGCCCUGUACCCCUAAUCUCCCUGUACCCCUAAUCUCCCUGUACCCCUAAUCUUCCUGUACCCCUAAUCUUCCUGUACCCCCUAAUCUUCCUGUACCCUAAUGCCCUGUACCCCUAAUCUUCCUGUACCCCUAAUCUCCCUGUACCCCUAAUCUUCCUGUACCCCUAAUCUUCCUGUACCCCCUAAUCUUCCUGUACCCUAAUGCCCUGUACCCCUAAUCUCCCUGUACCCCUAAUCUCCCUGUACCCCUAAUCUCCCUGUACCCCUAAUCUCCCGGUACCCCAAUCUACCUGUACCCCUAAUCUCCCUGUACCCCUCAUCUUCCUGUACCCCUAAUCUUCCUGUACCCCUAAUCUUCCUGUACCCAUAAUCUUCUUGUACCCCCUAAUCUUCCUGUACACCCCUAAUCUUCCUGUACCCCUAAUCUUCCUGUACCCCUAAUCUUCCUGUACCCCUAAUCUUCCUGUACCCCCUCAUCUUCCUGUACCCCCUAAUCUUCCUGUACCCCUAAUCUUCCUGUAUCCCCUAAUCUUCCUGUACCCCUAAUCUUCCUGUACCCCUAAUCUUCAUGUACCCCUAAUCUUCCUGUACCCCCUAAUCUUCCUGUACCCUAAUGCCCUGUACCCCUAAUCUUCCUGUACCCUAAUGCCCUGUACCCCUAAUCUUCCUGUACCCCCUAAUCUUCCUGUACCCCCUCAUCUUCCUGUACCCCCUAAUCUUCCUGUACCCCUCAUCUUCCUGUACCCCCUAAUCUCCCUGUACCUCAAACUCCCUAAAAAUGGCCUUUGACCCUUUAUCUGAAGUUGUGUAUAUCCUAGACAUUGUCUCACCUUGUCUCUCCCCACAGGGUCAAGCUGGAGACCAGGGUGCAUCUGGACCUGCCGGACCAAGUGGAUCAAGAGUGAGUAUAGACAGAAGCAUUAAAAAGUCUUACACAGAGUUUUGAGAGGUGCCUGUCUUAUUCAUUGUCAGCCAAAGAGCAUGGCAGGCAGAGCUGUAGUGUACAGUAACAGUACAUCUAAAUCCUUGUGCGUGUUCUGUUUAGGGACCCCCCGGACCUGUUGGUCCCUCUGGAAAGGAUGGUUCCAACGGUAUGCCCGGUCCCAUUGGACCCCCCGGACCCCGUGGUCGCUCCGGAGAGACUGGUCCCUCUGUGAGUAUCGUUCUCAUCUCUCACCUUACUGGAUCUUAGGGAUCAUCAAAAGUCCACCGAGUAGUGGGUGACUUGGUGCAAAUCUCAAAAUACCCUAUUUCCCAUAUAGUGCUCUACCUUUGCUCUGGUCCAAGGAAUGCCCUAUAUAGGGUGCAGGGUGUCAUUUGAGACAGCAGCCAGCCUUAUGAACACUUGAUUCCACCUGCACUUUAACUCCCCUCUGCUCUGUGUUUUUCCUCCUCUGGAAUACCUAUGGCACUGCCAUGGUAGCAAUACAUCACCAAAUUCUUCAAUCAAUUAAGUAUUCUAUCUUUCUAUCUGUGUAUCUCAGGGUCCCCCUGGAAACUCCGGACCCCCUGGUCCUCCUGGUCCCCCCGGUCCUGGCAUCGACAUGUCUGCAUUCGCUGGCCUGUCUCAGCUUGAGAAGUCCCCCGAUCCCCUGAGGUACAUGAGGGCCGACCAGGCCUCCGGAAACCUGAGGACGCACGACGCCGAGGUGGACGCCACACUCAAGUCCCUCAACAACCAGAUCGAGAACAUCCGCUCACCUGAGGGCUCGAAGAAGAACCCAGCACGUACCUGCAGAGACCUGAAGCUGUGCCACCCCGACUGGAAGAGUGGUGAGUGGCGGGAUAGGAGCGAAGAUUGGCUCUUUGUUAGGGGUCAAGAGUUUUUUAGACCAACAUGACUUGACCAGGAAAAAGUCUGGGUCCUAAAGGUUCUCCUGGUAUGGUCAGGUGAUGUGGUGAGGGAAAACUCCUACCGCUACUGAUUAGAUUGGGAAAAACUCUGUCCUUAUGAGGAAAUCUGGAAGGUUCUGUAGUGUUCAAAAGACAAAAUAAAUAUGACCAUGUGUAUUACAGUUACAUAGGAAGAACUAGGGAUGAAAUCUGACCUGUCUCCUCUGUCUGUCUGCAGGUGAGUACUGGAUCGACCCUAACCAGGGCUGCACCAUCGACGCCAUCAAGGUCUACUGUAACAUGGAGUCUGGAGAGUCCUGCGUCUACCCCAAGCCCGCCAGCAUCCCCAAGAAGAACUGGUGGUCCAGCAAGAGCAAGGCUGCCAAACACGUCUGGUUCGGAGAGACCAUGAACGGAGGAUUCCACGUAAAUCCCUCUUCAAUCCUCAUUAUAUGAUUGUGAUCAUACGAUCAUGAUUCCCACCUCAAUCUCAGAUUAAAUCUCUGCCCUUACUCAAAUUUUAUAAACUGGAGGUGAAUUUAAAGGGUUGAAUCUUACACAUAUCUCCCUUUAUAUUGUCAAGCGAUGCCACCAGUCAGAGGAAUGUCUCUUUAUUUUUGGUUCUAACCAGACAUCAUACAGUAUAUAAUUAUCACAUUGGUUCUAAGCUCCCUGUCUCCCCCUCCUCUUUCACUAGUUUUAACCAUAGACAACAUAAAAUUACAUCCAUCGUGGUACUGGUUCUGACCUCUCUGUUCUCCCCUCCUCUCUCUCUCUGCUGCCCUCUACAGUUCAGCUAUGGCGAUGACAGCCUGGCAGCCAACACAGCCAGCAUCCAGAUGACCUUCCUGCGGCUGCUGUCCACCGAGGCAAGCCAGAACCUCACCUACCACUGUAAGAACAGCGUGGCCUACAUGGACGGGGCCACGGGCAACCUGAAGAAGGCCUUGCUGCUCCAGGGCUCCAACGAUGUGGAGAUCAGAGCCGAGGGCAACAGCCGCUUCACAUACAGCGUCAUGGAGGACGGCUGCACGGUGAGAGGACGAAAACUAACACACACACUGUACACUAUGGCCACACACACACACACACACACACACACACACACACACACACACACACACACACACACACACACACACAGGGAACAGCGGCUUCACAUACAGCGUCAUGGAGGACAUCUGCACGGUGAGAGGAAUACACAUACACAUUUUACAUUUUAGUCAUUUAGCAGACGCUCUUAUCCACUUACAGUUAGUGAGUGCAUACAUUUUCACACAUACACAUACACACACACAUACACACACACACAUACACACACACAACAUACACACACACACACACACACACACACACAUAAACAGACACAUACACACACAUACACACACACAUACACACACACACAUACACACACACACACAUAAACAUACACAUACACACACACACACACACAUAAACAGACACAUACACACACAUACACACACCAUACACACACACCAUACACACACACAUACACUGCCGUUCAAAAAUUUAGGGUCACUUAGAAAUGUCCUUGUUUUCGAAAAGGAAAAGCAAUUUUUUUGUCCAUUAAAAUAACAUAAAAUUGAUCAGAAAUACAGUGUAGACAUUGUUAAUGUUGUAAAUGGCUAUUGUAGUUGGAAACGGCUGAUUUUUAAUGGAAUAUCUACAUAGGCAUACAGAGGCCCAUUAUCAGCAACCAUCAAUCCUGUGUUUCAAUGGCACGUUGAGUUUGCUAAUCCAAGUUUAUCAUUUUAAAAGGCUAAUUGAUCAUUAGAAAACCCUUUUGCAAUUAUGUUAGCACAGCUGAAAACUGUUGUGCUGAUUAAAGAAGCAAUAAAACUGGCCUUCUUGAGACUAGUUGAAUAUCUGGAGCAUCAGCAAUUGUGGGUUCGAUUACAGGCUCAAAAUGGCCAGAAACAAAUAACUUUCUUCUAAAAAUCAUCAGUAUAUUCUUGUUCUGAGAAAUGAAGGCUAUUCUAUGCGAAAAAUUGCCAAGAAACUGAAGAUCUCGUACAACGCUGUGUACUACUCCCUUCACAGAACAGCGCAAACUGGCUCUAACCAGAAUAGAAAGAGGAGUGGGAGGCCCCGGUGCACAACUGAGCAAGAGGACAAAUACAUUAGAGUGUCUAGUUUGAGAAACAGAUGCCUCACAGGUCCUCAACUGGCAGCUUCAUUAAAUAGGACCCGCAAAACACCAGUCUCAACGUCAACAGUGAAUAGGCGACUCCGGGAUGCUGACCUUCUAGGCAGAGUUGCAAAGAAAAAGCCAUAUCUCAGACUGGCCAAUAAAAAGAAAAGAUGGGCAGUCUGAGAUAUGGCUUUUUCUUUCCAGUUUGCGCUGUUCUGUGAAGGGAGUAGUACACAGCGUUGUACAAGAUCUUCAGUUUAUUGGCAAUUUUUCGCAUGGAAUAGCCUUCAUUUCUCAGAACAAGAAUAGACUGACGAGUUUCAGAAGAAAUAUAUUUGUUUCUGGCCAGUUUGAGCCUGUAAUAGAACCCACAAUUGCUGAUGCUCCAGAUACUCAAUUAGUCUCAAGAAGGCCAGUUUGAUUGCUUCUUUAAUCAGCACAACAGUUUUCAGCUGUGCUAACAUAAUUGCAAAAGGGUUUUCUAAUGAUCAAUUAGCCUUUUAAAAUGAUAAACUUGGAUUAGCAAACACAACGUGCCAUUGAAACAUAGGACUGAUGGUUGCUGAUAAUGGGCCUCUGUACGCCUAUGUAGAUAUUCCAUUAAAAACCAGCCGUUUCCUGCUACAAUAGCCAUUUACAACAUUAACAAUGUCUACACUGUAUUUCUAAUCAAUUUGAUGUUAUUUUAAUGGACAAAAAAAUUGCUUUUCUUUCGAAAACAAGGACAUUUCUAAGUGACCCCAAACUUUUCAACGGUAGUGUACAUACACACACACACACAUACACACACAUACACAAACACACACACACACACACACACACACACACACACACACACACAAACUUCUUCAACAUUGCAGUCUCAUGGGGUUAAGUCUUGAGGCAGUGAAUGCUGUGACUAUAGGACGUCACUCUAGAGUGUCAGACCCAUGCAGUCACAAACACGUUCAUUCGGUGUCUGCUGUCCUCUAACAAUAUAUGUAACAGCUCUGCCUCUUUGUCCACAGAAACACACAGGAGCCUGGGGCAAGACAGUGAUUGACUACAGAUCACAGAAGACCAGCCGGCUGCCCAUCGUGGACAUUGCUCCCAUGGAUAUUGGAGGAGCGGACCAAGAGUUUGGAGUCGACGUCGGUGCAGUCUGCUUCCUGUAA